CAAAUACCCUUUUCUUCUGUCUUUCUCUCUCUCUCUCUCUCUCUCUCUAUCUCUCUCGUAUCAGUAAAAUAUAUAAAAAAAUAAAAGUAAUAUAGAAAAAAAUAAAAAAAAGGAAAGAAAAGUUGUGCUCUGUUUUACCCAUCUCCUUAUCGAUUUGCAGAGUGAUAUUUGCUUUGCAAACCCCUCAAUACUAAGCGAUCUUUGGGUGGGUCUGGUAUUUUCUCAAUGGAAUUGCUCUAGAUAACCAAGAGAAAUCUGUAAAAAAAAAAAAAGACAAAAAAAAAAAGGACAAACUUUGAAACGAAAUAAGGAUUUUCACUUUGAUCAUGGCGGUUGCUGAAAAUGCACCAAACUUCGACAAUACUGUAGUAUCCUCGGGCUCAAAUGCACAAAACGAUCUUGAAAAUCCAAAACCCAGAAGUGAUUCCUCAGGGGUUUUGGGUGGGGAACCCAAUUUUCAAUCAAACGGCAGCGAUCAGAAUUCCCAGGGAAAAUUCCAUAACCAGGAGAAAGCAGCACCAGCAGCAGCAACACCAAAUUUCUCAGUACCAACCAACAAUCACAAGACUCAAAUUGGUCAGAUGCAAAAUGGGUUUGACACCAAUGGUGUCAAUAACCAACAGAUGGUGGUGGUAAAGUCUGGUGGGUUUGGGAUUGAUCACAUGUCUAAUGGAAUGAGAAAUGGAGGGGAUGGGGAUGAGAGUUUCAAGCGCGAUAUGAGGGAUUUGGAGGAAUUGCUUUCCAAGUUGAACCCCAUGGCUGAGGAAUUUGUACCUCCUUCGCUUGCAAAAAAUCAUGGGUACCCCUUUGGUGCUGCUGGUUUCGGCUUUGCUAACAAUUUCUUAAUACAUACUGAUAAUUCUGGAAAUGCCAACGGACACACCGCCAGAAGGAAGAAGAAUGGCUUCAGUCAAGGGAGGCGAAGGAAUUAUCACAAACUGAGUCCCGCUCAGCGAGAAGCGAUGAUUAGGAGGACUGUAUAUGUAUCAGAUAUCGAUCAACAGGUUACUGAGGAGAACCUUGCUGCUCUCUUUCUUAGCUGCGGACAGGUGGUUGAUUGUCGAGUCUGCGGUGAUCCUAACUCUAUUCUUCGUUUUGCUUUUAUUGAGUUCACGGAUGAAGAAGGUGCAAGGGCUGCUCUGAAUCUGUCUGGUACCAUGCUCGGAUAUUAUCCAGUUAGAGUACUGCCUUCCAAAACUGCUAUAGCACCUGUUAAUCCAACAUUUUUGCCAAGGUCGGAUGAUGAGCGUGAGAUGUGCUCGAGGACUAUUUAUUGUACAAAUAUUGACAAGAAGGUUACCCAAGCUGAGGUCAAACUUUUCUUUGAAUCACUUUGCGGCGAGGUUCAUCGCUUGAGGCUACUGGGAGAUUAUCACCAUUCUACUCGCAUUGCUUUUGUUGAAUUUGCCAUUGCUGAAAGUGCUAUUGCAGCUCUUAACUGUAGUGGUGUUGUUCUGGGUUCUCUGCCAAUAAGGGUAAGCCCGUCGAAGACACCUGUUCGGCCCCGUGCUCCUCGCCCUGUGUUGCACUGAGUCACCGUUGCAUGUUUCCUGAACUAAUUUACUGCUGAUAGAUCUAUUUACAUAUACGUACAUAGAUACAGAAUCCUUUUAAGGUACUCGUGGUGUUUUAUCUGUACUUUUGAUCUUUGAACAGCAGCUACCUGGUAUCUUUUGUUACCUUACAGGGGGGUUAAUUUAAGGGUUAUUUGUUUUUAGCUUGUAGAGAGUUGGGUGGAAUUUUGAGGUGCUGAAUGGUUUAAUUUAUGCUGCACAUUAUGAUGGAUUCUAGAAGGUUGGUGCCAACAGUAACUGUUGUCUGGAUGUUCUAACUAUCGAAAAUUCCUAGAAGGAGCUGUUUUCUUGUUUGAUGGUCUA